AUGAGGAAGCUUUGGGAAGCUGAGGUGUUCGCUGCGGUGCUCGGGGGCGCGUGCUUCCUGCUGCUGUCAGCACUGGUGGUUCGCCAGCUACUGAAGCAGAGGCGGCCAGCGGGCUUCCCCCCGGGCCCCCGGGGGCUGCCAUGUAUCGGCAACAUCUACUCUCUGGCCACCUCAGCUGACCUUCCUCACGUGUACAUGCGGAAGCAGAGCCAGGUGUACGGCGAGAUUUUCAGUUUAGAUCUUGGAGGCAUAUUAACUGUGGUUCUCAAUGGCUAUGAUGUAAUAAAGGAAUGCCUUGUUCAUCAAAGUGAAAUUUUUGCAGAUAGACCAUGCCUUCCUCUCUUCAUAAAAAUGACAAAAAUGGGAGGCUUACUCAACUCCAGAUAUGGCAGAGGAUGGAUUGAUCACAGAAGAUUAGCUGUAAACAGCUUUCGCUACUUUGGAUAUGGUCAAAAGUCUUUUGAAUCUAAGAUCUUAGAAGAAACUCAGUUUUUUACUGAUGCUAUUGAAACUUACAAAGGCAGACCUUUUGACUUUAAACAAUUAAUAACAAAUGCUGUUUCAAAUAUAACUAAUCUUAUCCUUUUCGGAGAACGAUUUACUUAUGAAGACACUGAUUUUCAGCACAUGAUUGAGUUAUUUAGUGAAAAUGUAGAACUAGCUGCCAGUGCCUCAGUCUUCCUGUAUAACGCCUUUCCAUGGAUUGGCAUCUUACCUUUUGGAAAACAUCAACAACUAUUUAGAAAUGCAGAUGUGGUUUAUGAUUUUCUCUCCAGACUUAUUGAAAAAGCGUCAGCCAACAGAAAGCCUCAUUCACCUCAGCAUUUUGUUGAUGCUUAUUUAGAUGAAAUGGAUCAGGGCAAAAGUGAUCCCUUAUCUACUUUCUCCAAAGAAAAUCUAAUUUUCUCAGUCGGCGAACUGAUCAUUGCUGGAACUGAAACAACCACCAAUGUGCUACGCUGGGCAAUGCUUUUCAUGGCCCUUUAUCCAAACAUUCAAGGACAAGUUUGGAAAGAGAUUGAUUUAAUUAUGGGCCCAAAUAGGAAGCCUUCUUGGGAUGACAAACGCAAAAUGCCUUAUACUGAAGCAGUUUUACAUGAAGUUUUAAGAUUCUGUAACAUAGUUCCAUUAGGGAUUUUCCAUGCAACCUCUGAAGAUGCAGUUGUACGUGGUUAUUCCAUUCCAAAAGGCACAACCAUAAUUACAAAUCUUUAUUCUGUACACUUCGAUGAAAAGUACUGGAGAAACCCAGAAAUGUUCUAUCCUGAGCGAUUUUUGGACAGCAAUGGAUAUUUUUCCAAGAAGGAUGCUUUGGUACCUUUUUCCCUGGGAAAUAUUGCGGUGAAAUACGACACAUUUAAGAGACCCAUGGACUAGAUAUGCAUCCUCAAGAAGAAUACACAUUUCGUCAGUUGAAAUGAGCUUCUCUUGUCUAUUGAACAAAAUGCCAAACCUCAAAUUAGAUCUCUUACAACAUAUCUGAAGACGCGGUAAUUUUGAAAUUAAGAGAAGUAAUAGAACAGAUGGAACUAAAACCUUAAAAGAAACCUAUGACCUAACAAAAGAACAUAAAGGAAUAGUUUCUGAAAGCUGAAAACGCUAGUUUGAAUUUGGAAGAUUUAAGAGAAUCCUUUACUAAACAUAACUUUGUAACAUUUAAAAUUCCAGAUUUCAUUAAUUGCAACCAAACAUCAGACAUCAAUUUUAGGAAAUACAGGCCUUAAAAACUUAUUGUAUCUCUCUUUUUCUUUAGGGAGAAGACAUUGUCUUGGAGAACAGCUUGCUUGGAUGGAAAUGUUCUUGUUUUUUACAACAUUGCUUCAGAGGUUUCAUUUGCAUUUUUCAC